AUGACUUUAUCUAGUGCAGCAGCCGUGUGUGGCAUGAAUCUGUGCAGGAUCUAUUGGUGCCGGUUUGUUAUAUGGUUUGGGGGAUGUAUAUGCGUGGAAAGUUCCCCACAGAGGCGUUCAAUUUCUUGUAAAUCACCGUCUACAGGCCUACAUUUGUCAAGAUCAGUAUUAGGAAGACAAGCAUCGGUGAACAUAAUAUUAUGCUCAGCAAACCAUUCUGAUGUCCCAAGACAAUUCUUCAUCCCCAACAAACUAGCUCCUUCAUAUUCAAAUAUUCCAUACUCAGCAUUCUUCCGCAAGAAAUUCUUCGAGUUUCAACAACCGUCUUCUUGA